GAGGGGGGACGUUGUGACUGACGCGCUCUCAUUAAAAAGUCACAUUUCAUAAGUAAUUAAACAGAAACGCCUGAAACUAACGCUAAUAAUUGUGAGAUGAAGUGCUGGACUACUUAUAUAACAAGGACAGAAGUGGAUUUAAGUGAUUAAUGAAUGAAAACAAGAAAAAGCGAAAAAAAAAAAUCUUCGCUCAAUAAAAUAAAUAAAUAAAUAGAUAAAAUAAAUGUAUCGAAUAUUUAUAAGUGAUGGUUACAUUAAUAACACAAUCAACAACAAAGAGGAAGAGGAAGAGGAAGAAGAAGAGGAAGAGGAAGAGGAAGAAGAAGAGGACCACAAGGAUCUUGGUGUUGAUGAUAAGCUCUUGGGAAAAUGACAAUCCACAGAGGACAUGUCUGUUGUCAAAAUAACAGGUGUACUUCUUACAUUGAGUGGGUGGUCAAGAGGCCCAGGAGCUUUUCUCCGGUGUAAAGGCUGCUGCAGAUCUGUAGGACGGUGGAGUUUCCUGACACAAGCUGAGGCUAAGCUAGAAGGACCUACCUUAAGGUCCUUUGAGAUACCAGGAGUUGUUUCAAGAAAGCAUGGCACCAGUGACUCUGAGAAUUCAGAAGAAGGUGGUGUCUUUGUAAGUCCAGAGCCUGAGGAUACUCAUUCUCAAUGGCGAAUGAGGUUAAGAGAGACGGGCGAGUGAGCAGAGCCCCUCUGAAGAGCUACGUCCACGCAGAAGGAAGGGAAGUGAAAGAUGGAGAAAGGACACCACCACCACAGUAGCCAGAUGGAUGCCAGUGAGGAACCCUUUGUCAUUCAUACUCCUCUUAUUAACAAACAAAAGCACUUAUUCCAUUACCACGACGCGAUGCACGACAGGGUGAAAAAAAUCCUCAAAGAACGACAGAAGGAAGCCGAGGACUCCUUAGUGGCACACCUUCAAGUCUGCCUUCCCUCAGCUGUUCAACAUAUUCAUGGCCUUUGUGACUGGCAAUCUUCCCUGCAGGCCUGGCGGGUCAGGGUAUGGGAAGCAUCACCCCUUCACCCCAGACACCCUCCCCACACCCCAGGCCCCACACACCCCUGGGGAGAGGCAGGAACACACCCCAAACAGCUGUCAUGUCUCAAAAUCAAAUCAAAGGGAAUUUUUGAAGACUUGGGGUUCAGACAGUGGUACCCCUGCUUCUCCCCCAACCCCACACCCCGGACGCCCCUCCAUGCCACCCCGUGGACACCCUGGGGGAGGCUGUCGCACCCCAUGCACCCCACACACCCCAUGAAUGCCGACAGUGGGUGCCCAGAGUUGCAUCACAAAACGCAAGCCUGGACCCAGUUGACUUCACACAGUCCUCUCAGCCCUCCCACAGCCUUUGACAGCCUCCCACAGUGCAUCACAGCCUCCUACAGCAUUGGAUGCCAGAACACAGCACACCAAUCCUUCCCACAGUGGCCAGAAACAGCACACAGCAAAAUGGUUAACCAGAAUGAACAGACACACGAACUGACACACAUAGACACAGCGCCAAACGCCAUAGAGCCAACGCACAGCAUCCCACAGCAGCCAGGGGGACAGCACAGCAUCACGGACUCCCCAGACACCCUCAGAACACCACAGCACACAGCACAGGAUGAAAUAUUAAGCUUAGCCUUUGCAUCACCUGUCAUAAACAGCACUGGGGGAGAUGACAGCACACAGUGGCACACAGCAGGGACCCAGGGACUAGUGAGGACUGAACAGCAAGCCACAGCAUCACCACACCCUGUGGAUGCUGUGAGGGAAGCAGGACGACCACACACAAGGCACAAGAUUGAGAAACGGACAGAAAGAGGAACCAUCAAUUCGAAGGAUCAUUUUAAAAACAAGACUCAUAACUUCUGCUGCUACUUCUGCUGCUACUACUGCUACUAUUACUGCGGCUACUGCUAUAGGGGGUGCAUCUGUGUCCUCCAGCAAUAUUUACCAGUGUAUCGAGACUUAGACAAGACUUCACCAUUAAACAAGAUGAAAAUCUCGGAACAGGGAAGGAGAAAAAUAACUCGAAGAACGAGAAGGACAAGAGGAAGGCGCGACACUGACACACAAACGCACACACACACACAAAACGGAAGCCACUACAGGCUUUAGACCUCUCAUGUGACUCUGGCAACAGUGAUCCCAGUGUUACCAAACCCCUGUGUGACUCUAGGAGCGCGGACAGCCGGAAACAAGGGCUGGGGAGGCCGGGAGUGAGGUCAGGGGUCACAGGAGAGGGAAACAGUGCUCUUCCUCUUCCUCCUCGCUGCAGUUCAGGUCACCACAGCCUUGCCGCAGCCAGCCACACCCACCACGGGCCUCCACACACCCUCACGCAGCAGUGCCAAGGCUGGACACAGCACUGCACAGCCCAGAACAGUCUAUGCCUAAUUCUCUAGUCAUUUAUAUUCAGAAUUUAAGUAAGUUUGGUGGGUUGUGUCUAUUUUUGUUAUCAUUAUUAUUAUUAUUAUUAUUAUUAUUAUUAUUAUUAUUAUUAUUAUU